GGGUCCUACGUGGAAGAUCAAGAUCAUUGGUGGAUGGCGGGCAUCCACCGCAGUGUCGAAAUUAUUCGACGCAAACCUAAGGCUGACAUCAUAGAUUACCAGAUCCAAGCCGACGCAUCAGGCCAUUUGGACGUGCACGUGGAGUGCCGACCCAAAAGUGGUCAGGAGGUUUCCCGAAGUAUCGUGCUGCGAUUAUACGACGACGAGCAAACUUCAGACGAUGGGAAUAUACGGUACGGCUCGUGCUUGCUGGAGACGAAACCGCUAUCGGUCGAUAUGUACGGUUCAUUUAACUUUGCGACAACCUUACAAAAUGCCAAACUGUGGUCGGCCGAGAUUCCGAAUCUGUACACCUUGACCAUUACGCUGUCGGUGGAAGGUCAGGUGGGACAGGUGGAGAGCGCUCGCAUCGGCUUUCGAACAGUCGAUAUUUCCAAUGGUCAAGUACACGUCAACGGCAAGGCAAUAACAAUUUGUGGUAUGAAUCGUCACGAGCAUGAUCCAGAUCACGGCAAGGUUGUAAGCUUGGAUCGCAUGAAGCAAGAUAUCGUCACACUCAAACAAAACAAUUUUAAUGCUGUGCGAACAAGCCACUAUCCCACACAUUCUUCGUUUUAUCGACUGUGCGAUUACUACGGAUUGUACGUGUGCGACGAGUCCAAUUUGGAGACGCACGGUAUGAAACCGAUGGGGCGAUUGGCUCACGAUUGGGGCUGGAAUAGCGCGUUCAUCUCUCGCAUUACGCGGUUAAUUCAUCGAGAUCGCAACCAUGCCUGUAUCAUCUUUUGGUCACUUGGCAAUGAAGCGGGCCGUGGGCGAAACCUUUCGAUGGCAAGGGAUCUCGUCCGGCAGCUCGACUCGUCUAGGCCUAUUUGCUACGAAAGUGGCGGUGCUUUAGCCGAAGGAACAGGUCGUACAGAGCUGACCGAUGUAAUUUGUACCAUGUAUCCCGUGGUCCCAAGGACUUUGGAAUUGGCCACAAGAGCGGACGAAGAUCGCCCAGUGAUUCUAUGCGAAUAUUCUCACGCCAUGGGAAAUUCAAACGGG